UUAUGAUGAUAAUUGAAUUUACACUUGGGUAUUUUAAUUGUUAAAAAAUGUUAUUGAGUCGGCCAUGCAUUUUCCCUUUAUCAAUUAACAAAUUGAUAUACCUUAAUGAAAGUUUUGCUUAUAGUAACACAAAAGCUUAAAGGAGACACUUCAAAUUGAAACUAUACCUUCUAAUGCUUCAAACAGGAAGAUAACUGUACUGUUGGUGAAUAAAUAGUAGCGUAAAAUUGGAAAUAGAUUAAAAAAAAAAUUGGUAGAGAUAUGAUCACGAGCUACAAGAAUAUUUAUCUUUUUUUUCCCCAUUGGUAAAAGGUUAUAUAUAUCCCCUCACUAUUUGUUUUUGUAGUAAUAUUGCAAUAUAUGUAUUCCUAUCAAUGUCACUAGUAAUUAAGAUGUAUUUGUGGAUAAUAUUACAUGGAACACGUUACACCAUAUAUAUAAACGAAUCAUGGACGUGAAUACGUUUAAAUUAGGAGCCGUAUUAGAAGGUAAUAGAAGUUAUAUUUAUGCACACCUUUUUAUUUCAUUCAAAAGUUUAAGACAUUGAUAGGAAUACAUAUAUUGCAAUUUAAACGUAUCAUUCAUAUAAUUAUGUUUCCAUAAACUCGCUCCGUUUAUUUACCAGAGAACACACUUUGAAAAUGUGCACGUAUGAUUUAUAUGAAGCCAAACACAUGGAUAUAUUUUUCUGGUGAGUUGAUCAUCUCAUCUAAAAUUUUAAACUACUAAAAAUAACACACUUUUAUUUACUUAAUUAUAUUUUCAAAGUAUAUUGAUCUUUUAUGUGUUUCCUCUAGCAAAGACUAAUUAUGAUCAUUCUUUUUUUUACUUAGAAGCUUGACCGAAACAAUUCACAAAUCAUAAACCAAAAAUGGAAAAGUUUGGCUAACAUAAUUCAUAGAACUCACACAUAUUACUCAGAUAUGUUAAGCUCAGACGUGGUUUAAUAUUAGUCAGUAAUUAAAAAAAUCGAUAAAGAAAAACUGAAAAUUAGACAAAAAGUAAGAGACAAUAGAAACAUAGAGAAUAGAGCUGGAGCAAGUUGCCAAAAAGCUUUACUAUAGCUAUAAAUAGUUAAGAGCACAAAAUCCAUAUCGACCACCGAAGCCAAAAAUUGACUCAUCCUAUUAAAAAAACACCAAAUUUCAAUUUUUUUAAAAAAAAAUGGCUUUCACUCCUCAUGAUCAUGACUACUAUACUACUCAAGGUCUUUUUUCCAAUGAAUUCAUCAAUUCUUCUCUUGUUACUACUAAUCCUCUCCCACAAAUAUGCAAUUCCCAAAUAAGCCCUUAUGAACAUGAACAAGUAGUGAUGAAUAUAAAUUCAUUAGAUCAUUAUGUGCCACCCUCCAUUUCAAUGAUGCCAUGGUUCCCUGAGAGGCUAGGGGUUUCCGAUAUGACGGUGCCGGUACUACCACCUGCAUCGUCUACUACUUAUGCAGUCGAAAACAACAACAAUAAUAAAGGAUGCAUCGGCCAACACCACGAGGGGUGUGAAUCUUGGGAUGAAACUACUGAUCAUUCUUUUGAAUCCAACUUCUGGUCCUCUUGUCCUCUCGCGACCUCCAAUAAUUGGGGUUCUCAGAGAGAAACAAGUCCAAAAAUCAAAGGAACGCCAUCAAUGAAGAUUGGGAGGUACUCAGAAGAGGAGAGAAAGGACAGAAUUCUUCGAUACCUCAAGAAAAGAAAUCAAAGGAAUUUCAACAAAACUAUAAAGUAUGCUUGUCGCAAAACCCUAGCAGACAAACGUGUUCGAGUUCGUGGAAGAUUUGCUAAGAAUAAUGAAGAUCAUCAACUCCUCAUCAACGGAAAUAUUGUUAAUUAUCACCAACACAAAGAUGUUUGCUAUGAUCAAAUCCAGAUGAAACAUGGUGAUCAUUAUAAUGAGGAUAACUGGUUAGAAGAGGCAAUCACAAAUUUUAUGUAUAUACCUUGUAGCUCCUAUGAGGGAAAUUUCAUAAGCUGAUUUUGUCACCCAUAUAUUACUUAAGUCUCUCUCUAAUUAUGUACUCCCAUCCAUCAUUUAUGAAUGAAUGCUUGAGGUCUUCCUCCUCAAAAACAAUGAUUGCAUAAACAAUAUAUUGACACAUUGAAAUAGGUUAAUAUAAAUUUAUCACAAAUGCUA